AUGCCAUCUUCAAAUUCCUCUUCAUCUGCGCAACCCGACAAAGACGAAAACCCACGUCCAAACACACAAUCAACAUCAUCGUUCCCAAUUCUUUAUAUCCUCUUCGUACUAAUCUUCCUCAUCGCCCUCUUUCCGCCCCUCUUCCACGCUCUCUGGACACUCCCUCUCAAACUACUCCUCCCAAGCACAUACAGUUCCGCUCUCUCGCCCGCCCGUUAUACCAAGCCAGCCAUCAUGUCUUGGACACAAAAGACCAUAUCUCUCCCCUCUAAAUCCCGCGGCUCAUAUCUCGUCACCGACCACAUCGUCUCUUCGAUUCCCGAAAUCAAGAACUAUAAAGUUGGGCUUCUGAAUCUCUUCAUUCAACAUACGAGUUGUGCAAUUAGUUUGAAUGAGAAUUGGGAUGAAGAUGUUAGGGCUGAUAUGAGUGAUGCGUUGGAUAGGAUUGCGCCAGAAGAUAGGAAAGGAGAGUUGUAUAGACACAGUGCGGAAGGACUGGACGACAUGCCGGCACAUAUCAAAUCAGCGUUGGUUGGAGCAAGUGUUACGAUUCCUAUCACGAAUGGAAAGUUGAACACAGGUACCUGGCAAGGGAUAUGGUAUCUGGAGUUCAGAUCUAGCAAACAUACUAGGAAGGUUGUUGCUACGAUCCAGGGUGAGAAGAUGUAA